AUGAAGGCCUUCCUUGCACUAUUUGCGAGUACGAUCUUGGCGUCCGUGUCCGCGGCGCCCGAGUGCAAAGCGCUCCAAUUCGCGGCCUUCCUUCCCUCGGCUGUCAACCCGCUCGGGCCCAUGGUCAAGUGCUCGAUUGACAUCAAGGAGAACCCGUUCAAGAUGCUCAACCCGGCGUGGAUCCCGCCGAGCACGCAGAGCGUCGACAAGUUUGCGGCGUCGGCCAACUGCAAGAAAUUCUACGCCUCCGCGACGGCAUACAUGAAGACGAUCAAGCCGCCGUGUGUCGUCGAGUACAUCAACGGCGCGCCCAUCACGACGGACGUCGCGGCGUCGAUCCCGUUCGAGAUGGCCAUCAUGACGUGGAAGGCGCUGUACGCGGCGGGUGCGAUCCGCCCGCCAGAGUGCACGACGCUGCAGUUCCUCCCGAUCGCGCCCGUGCUUCUCAAUCCCGUCGGACCGCUUCUCACGUGCGCCGUCGACAUCAAGGAAAACCCGGUGAAGAUGUUCAACCCGGCCUGGGUCCCCAAGAACCUACCGAUGGUCAAUGCGUUUGCGGCUUCGGGGCUCUGCAAGGAGUUUUACGCGGUCGUGACGAGCCAAAUGGGCAAGAUCCCAUCGCCGUGCAUCGUCAUGUACCUCAACGGCGUGCCCGUGACGUCGGACGUCGCGGCCAAGAUUCCCUUUGACAUGGCCAUCCUCACGUGGCAGUCGCUCUACCCGAACGGAAAGGAGGUCGCCGAGGUCACGCCAUCCCUCCGCGCGUAA